AUGACAAAGCAAAAGCCUAUGCUUCGUGGAAGAAUCCACCAAGCUGCCUUCUACCUUACCAUCGCAAAGACCUUCAUGUAUGCUAUCUGCUGCAUUCACAGAAAAGGAAAUCUUGGGAUAAUGAUAUAUCUUCUGUCCCAGCUUGUAUUAUUUGGAGUAAGCAGCACAUACCACACCACGUCAUGGAAGGACGAAAAGACAAAGUCUCUUUUCCAGAGGUUAGAUCAUAUAUCUAUAUUUCUUCUUAUAUCAGGCACUCAGACAUCUGUGAUUCUUAACUUGGUUCCAAUAGGAACAUACACGAAAUACGUUUUGGUGAUGACAUGGACAAUAUCGCUCGCAGGGAUUUUGAAGAUCGUCCUUAUGAAAAAACUGCACAUGCACUUUGAUCUCAUGGUUUACAUACUUCAUGGUGUGUCCAUCGUUCCAUUUUUCCGUAUAAUUAUGAAGAGCAUUCCAUUGAGCGACCUUUCUCUUUUUGUAUUGGGUGGUGCCAUAUACAUAAUUGGAGGGCUCAUAUAUGGAAUGGAAAGGCCAAACCCAUAUCCUCAGAUAUUUGGGUACCAUGAAAUAUUUCAUGUGAUGACUGUGCUGGCCAAUUGGUGUUUUCUUGUUCCCUUGCUGAAAGGUUACAUCUCUACCCUUUCUGGAAAAUAA